UAAUGUUUUUUUGAGAUAGAGGAACUGGGAAAGGUAGAAAAGCAGUGUUUUGCAAUGUGUUAGUGGCCUUUAAUCUGAACUAAGUAAUAAUAAUAAUAAUAAUACGUUAAAAUAUGGAGUGUUUGUGAAAAACAGCGUCACCGGUGUUAUUUGGAAGAAGAAGAAAAUGCUGUAUGAUAGUACAGGGAAGAUUAUGAUGAUAAUGACAAUGAACUAGAAUUAUUUAAACAGUAAUAAGGCCUCCAGACUCUGAAGGAAUGACUGUGAGUUCGAUUGUAGAUACCUAUUUGUAUAUUCUGAGUAGGGUGGGAAACUUGUGGCUCAGCCAGGGUCAAAGGCGAGCACCUUUACAGUCAACCAACAUCCACUGCAGGAUAAAUCCAACCAGAAUCCUUCACCUCCGAACACCAUUUGGUGGUAAAGUAGCAUACUUGAAGCAGAGUCAAUGCACAAAAAACAAGGGCGUGAAAUUAAUUUUUAGUAGAGGCAGUUACCUCAGGAGCAAAUUUGGAUUAUACUCUAACAUUUCCCAGUUCAGUACCUCAUUAUCACGUGGCUCAACCAGCCUGAGCCACUGCAUGUCUCGAAUCAAGAACACCUUGGAGUCUGUUUCGAAAGCCGUCAGCAGUACUCAUACCGAGCUCCUGUUGAAAAUUGUCCGACUGAAGCCAAGCACGAGUGCAGCAGGGAAGGAAAUAGAAUCCAUAGUACAGUUUAAAAGUGAUGAUUCUGACAAACCUGUGUCGGUUGCUGCUGAUCCAAAAUCUAAUAAACUUGAAGACAAAAAGAAGCCUUUGGAGAAACCCAUCCUAGCUCAUGGAAAUUCAGCAUCCACCAUAAGUACUGCAAAUAACAACUUGAAUCAGAAAACGUCCAGAGAUUCUUCAGCUGCUAAAGGUACAAAAACAGAUCUUUUCCAUCCUAGCUACUUUACCACCAAUUUUGGUGAAACCUACAAUUUUGUAGCGACUCACGUGAAUGAUUAUUUUGGGGGCAAAACAGACAUGGAUCCUGAUAAAAAGCCUGAUAAAAAAGAUGAUACCACCAAAUCUCCGAAUUCAGCAGUGUCUUCUGAAUCCACACCUGCCUCUGCUGUUUCAACUUCUCCAAAAAAGGGAAUAGCCAAUGUUCUGGCAUGCUCUACCAAUAGUGUGCAGGCAUUCAUGGGCAGCUAUCUCAGCACCUUGGUACCGAGAUUUCGGUCUGAGUCUAAAAGUAGUGCAGAAGACAAAAAUGCACUGCAGUCAGCAGUGGAAGAGACAGCAAAGAAGGGGGAGACAGUGACUGUUAAGGAGCCCAAGACUUCAGAUGACAAAGCCAAGCGUCUUUCACUUCAGAGAGAAAAGAUAAUUGCAAGAGUCAGUGUGGAUAACCGAACCAGAGCACUAGUCCAAGCACUGCAGAGAGCCUCUGAUGUAAAGGUCUAUAUCAACAGGGUUGAGGAACUGAGUUAUCAUCUACUAGAGUUCCCAGAAACCAAAGGUGUAGCCGUGAAGGAGAAGGUCAUUCCCUGCUUGUUGCGACUAAGACAGGCCAGUGAUGAGACUCUGCAGGCUGCUGUUCGAGAGGCUCUGUCUUUGGUGGGAUACAUAGACCCUGUGAAAGGGCGUGGCAUUCGAGUGCUUUCCAUUGAUGGUGGGGGAACAAGAGGACUGGUUGCACUUCAGACUCUGCAUAAACUGGAAGAGCUCACUGGAAAGCCAAUUUAUCAGCUGUUUGAUUACAUCUGCGGCGUUAGCACAGGGGCUAUACUAGGCUUUAUGCUGGGGCUGUUCCAGAUUCCUCUUGCUGAGUGUGAGGAUUUGUACAGGAGGCUGGGCUCUGAUGUGUUCAAACAGAAUGUCAUUGUUGGGACAGUGAAGAUGGGCUGGAGCCAUGCCUUUUAUGACAGUGAAAUAUGGGAAACCAUACUGAAGGAAAGAAUAGGAUCCGAUCUCAUGAUAGAAACUGCUAGGAAUGCAAAAUGUCCAAAGGUGGCAGCAGUGAGUACAAUAGUGAAUCGAGGAACACCUUUGAAAGCUUAUGUCUUCAGGAACUACAACCUUCCCCCCGGAGUGAAAUCACACUACUUAGGAGGCUGUCACCACAAGCUCUGGCAAGCUCUCCGAGCCUCCUCUGCCGCACCUGGCUAUUUCCAAGAAUUUGUUCUGGGAAACGACCUGCAUCAGGAUGGAGGCUUGCUGAUAAACAACCCAUCUGCAUUGGCAAUUCAUGAGUGUAAAUGUCUGUGGCCAAAUACCCCUUUGCAGUGCGUGGUAUCUCUGGGGACCGGACGCUAUGAGACUGAGGGCAAGAACAAUGCCACCUACACAAGUCUCAAAACAAAAUUAACUAAUGUGAUCAGCAGUGCCACUGACACAGAAGAGGUUCACACAAUGCUUGAUGCCUUGUUGCCUCCCAAUACAUAUUUCCGUUUCAACCCUCACUUGAAUGAGGAUAUACAGUUGAAUGAAAACCGGAAAGAAAAACUGAACCAGUUGCAGACAGAAGGGACUCGUUAUCUGGAGAGGAACGACGAGAAGCUUAAAAAAGCUGCUGAAAUACUAGUGCAGGACAAGACGACUUUUCAGAGUGUAAAUGACUGGAUAAAAUGUAAAAGUGACAUGUAUGAUGGCCUGCCACGUUUAUCAAAAUUGUAAUGACACUAACAAAGCUAAAAAUUGAGAACUCUGCUUAACUGAAGUUGAGUUCAGCCCAGUUGGUCUAAGUGGAAAGUAAGGGAACAAGUCAAGUGUAGGAAACAUCAUGACUUCCAGAGCAGUAGAAGACUGGAGCCGUGUGUUUCAGUCAUGCAGAAGCUGAAUAUUGCUUUACUGUAAUUUCGAUCAAGAUUCGUUUUGUUUUCUGGAAAAAGCACUUGACAGCAGUGUAAUUUUAAUGCAAUAGUGUCAUCAAUGUCCUUUUUUUUUGUUCUUCUUGUGAUUUAUUUAAAUCUGUUUCAGUUAUUUGACAACAUAAUGUAGAUUUUUUUUUUGAAAUUGUUAUUAUAUGUAAUCACAAACGUAGUGUGCCAUACUUCCUUUCCCCUUGCCCUCUUGUUUUCAUUAUACCAUUGAUAUUGAAAUAUGAUUAAACCAACGAGCAUGCGCUAAAUGUACCAUUACAAUUCCACAGUUUCUGUGUUUCCAGUCUCAUUUGAAGGUUCCACUAAAUGUUUUUAUUUUGUUAAUAGGAAUGUGUUUUUCUAUAAUGCUUGAUUGAUCCUAUAAUUAAGUUAAAAUAAAUGCAUGUAUUUUAACAAAUGACAGUCAAGUUCCUCUAUACAUGUGCUAGUUGUAAAUUACACAAGAAGAGAAUGCUUAUAUUUACCUCAUAUGUGUGCAAGUUGUAAUACAGGUAUAUUCAAAACCGUUGAAUAUUCAUAAGAACAUGACAUGGAAAAGAUACAGACAGAUAUUGCCCCUGGGCUUGGGUGGAUGUAUUUUUUAAGGUCUUCAUAAUGUAGUGUGUUAUAUUACACUAUGGGUACACUAUGCACAGUUGACCAGCACUAUUUGUCUUUAUUUUAAAGACAGGUGGCCACUCUGCUGCUUUGUUGGAAAGACCAUGUCUAGUCAAAGGUGUUUUGUGACCCGAUGACAAGGUUGCAUUCUGCUGUUUUUAAUGUACUGAAUUUUGGGAUUGUGGGACCCCACCUCAAGACGAAUGUUAACCCCAUUGUCCUGCACAAUGUUCCUGAACAACCCAUGCUGGUAACCCUAUACUCUUGUCCCCAGUUGUUUGCUACCUCCACUUAAGAAUUUCCAUUGCUCUGCACAUCCACUGCAACUAAAUGAAGUAGUGAAGAGACUUUAUAAUCACCCUGUAUAUUCUCAACAGUUUUAAGUAGCACAGUAAGGCUUCUGUUUUGACACAUUUAAUUUCUGUUGCAUUUAAAGUUGACCAUGUUUAGAAAGGAAGGUUUGUUUUGUAUGUCAUUUCUAUGAAACAGUAUCUAUUGUGUUGUAUGGUAGGUUAGUUAAAAUAACCUAUUUAAAGUCAAAGAAAUAAAAUAUAGUUGAAUGCA